AUGAAUAUUGGUAUGAAAGUAAGAGAAAUUGGUACAGGACAAAUAGGGGUAGUAGAAAAAGGAAACAAUUCAAAUGGAUAUUAUGUUAAUUUUGGUUCAAGAAAAAAUUGGAAAAAGGGCAACGAACUUGAAAUAAUUCAUAAUACAAUUGCCAGUGGUGCCAGCAACUCUGCCUCUGGUGCACCAGCUAGAUCAAAUAUACAACCUAUCCAGCAACAACAACAACAACAAGCAAUACCUUUAAAACAACCACCAAAACCAACUGUCCAAUCAGAAGACCCUGGUCCAAGAUUUGGUAACUUCAAACUCCCAGCUAAAAGUAGUUCCCCAAAAUACUCAACUCUUCCAUCACGCGCAUUCUUUGAAGCCGCAUCUGCUUCUAAUGAUAUUGGUAAAAAACCAGCAAUGAAUGGUUCAAGACCCGGUAUACCAAAUUUUGAACCACCAACUGUAAAUAAUACACAAAAUGAUCAAAUUUCCUCUACACAAUUAAAACCAACAUCUGUACAACAACCACCACCAAUCGUCCCAAAAAGACAACCAAAUGUUCAACAGCAACCACCACCACUACAACAAACCACCCAACAACCACAACAGCCACCACCACUACAACAAAAGCAACCACCACAACAACCAAGUAUUCAAACACCACCUCCACUUGUUCAAAAACCACAACCAUUACAAAAACCAACCAAUAUAAAUAUUCCACCACAACCAAUUCAAAAUAAUAAGGUACAACCAUCACCAAGAAAUGAAUUUAACGAAACAUGGAAUAUUGAUUUUGGUGAACUUUUAUUCGAAAAUGAAAUUGGUAGCGGAAAAUAUGGUGUAGUAUCUGUAGGAAAAUGGUUAGGUACCCCAGUUGCAAUUAAAAGAUUACUCGAAAACAAUGACGAAACCAAUGGAUUGGUAGAAAGAGAGAUUCAAAUAUUAAAAGAAAUAAGACAUCCACAAAUCGUUCAAUUUUUGGGAGUAUCGCGUAAUACUGAUAAUGAAAUUCAUAUUAUAACAGAGUUUAUGGAUGGUGGCGAUUUAUUUGAUGCCCUAAUUUUUGGCGAUGUUCCAUUGUCUUGGAAAGAAAAAUUAAGAAUCGCUCUUGAUUUAGCACAAUCAUGCAGAUAUUUACAAGCAAGGGGUAUUCUUCAUAGAGAUCUUAAAAGUCAAAAUGUAUUAUUAAAUUCCAGCAAAAGAGCAAAGCUUUGUGAUUUGGGUUUAGCAAGAGUUUUCGAUGAUAGAAUCAAUAAACGUCUAACAUGUGUAGGUUCUGACAGAUGGAUGGCACCGGAGAUUUCAAUGGGUGAAAAUUACGAUUACAAAAUUGACGUAUUCUCUUAUGGUAUUGUUUUGGUAGAAAUAAUUACAGAAAAGAUCCCAGAUGAAAGAUAUCCACAAAGGGCAUUUGCAUUUGAUGCACAAGCUUUCUUAAAGAAGGUACCAGCAGAUUGUCCUCAAGAGUUUGCAAAGCUAACCGUUGAAUGUACAAAAACAAAUCCAAAAGACAGACCAUCAUUUUUAAAAAUUUUAGAAAUAGUAGAAGAACUUUACGAAUCUUUACCAGAAGAUGAAGAGUAA